AUGGCGGCUUCAAUGGAAAUCGACGAAAAUGACGAUCUUGGAGAAACUCCUUCAGUCAGUGGGGAAAAGGGUUCUAAAAAGCGAUUUGAAGUGAAAAAGUGGAAUGCUGUAGCCUUGUGGGCCUGGGAUAUUGUUGUUGAUAAUUGUGCUAUUUGCAGAAAUCAUAUUAUGGAUCUAUGUAUUGAAUGUCAAGCUAAUCAAGCAUCAGCCACUAGUGAAGAAUGUACUGUAGCUUGGGGUGUAUGUAAUCAUGCAUUUCAUUUCCACUGUAUUACAAGAUGGUUAAAAACUCGACAAGUUUGUCCAUUAGAUAAUAGAGAAUGGGAAUUUCAAAAGUAUGGUCAUUAAUCAACUAGAUUAUUUAUUGUCAACUCUCACAUUGUCACUAUGUUUUGUAAAAUAAAGUUUCUUCAAUUCAAUC